UGGCAUCCGAGUAAGUGAACUAGUAAAUAUCAAACACCGAGAUUGGCAAGAUAAUAGUUUACGAAUUCACGGCAAGGGCAAUAAAAUUCGGCAAGCUCUUUUGCCUCCUUUUUUAGUUCCCUAUCUCAAACCUGGCUCUCGCGCCAACGACCUGGGAGAAAUAACCAAUAUUGAAAUCCAGUUUAAAAGUGGCAAGACUUUAAGAACCAAACCUAAGGACUAUGUCGAACCCAAAGACAAAAAAGAAAUAUUUUUAAAACCCGAGGAAAUUAUCUUAUUCUUUAAUAACUCCACUCACACUCCCAAUCUCUUAGAUGCUGAAACUAUUUAUUUGGAAGACUUAUGA